CCAAAUCCCACCCCGAUCCCGAAUUUUUUAUAAAUCCUUCUCUGCCCCCAUCCCUGAUCCGAGCCCGCUCAGGUCGGAUGGUGUUGUUUGGGGCGGGAUGAAUGCCUUUCCCAACCUAUGAUGUAUUCAUGAGGUGCCCUUCAAAAUUUUUGAUGAAUUUGGCCAAGACAAAUAUGUCAAGGGGAUAUCAGCGCCACUUCACAUCCUUAACCAUACGUGGUUAAUUUACACAACCUGGAUCACUCCAAAUAUUAACUAACUUCUCGAUUAUAAAGUUGGCAGGGACAGGGAGAGCGCAUGUUUGUUGCAACUUGCAAGUUCACUACGUAAUGAAUGCAGUGCCAAUAGCUGUAUCGCCAAAAUUUCUCGCACUCACUAGAGUUACAUAUAUACUGUAAUCUACAAACAUUUAAGCAUGUUUAAUCCGGAUACAUUAGCUACUUGGAUACAAAGGAUGAUGGUAACUAAACAAAAUGAGAAGCUUACAAAAAAUAUCACCAGACUAGUACAAGAAGAAGCUGGUGAGAAGCAACUUAAAAGCGGCGAAAUCCAAGUACAUAAUACUCAACAGUACAAUUCACUUUGGAGUUCAAGAGAAAGACAAUGCCUUUUUCUACUUCAACAAAAAGGAACCUCAAGAACUUUACUUCUCCAAAUGCAUGCUUUGAUGAUCAAAGUUUCCCUCCAAGCAAAUGUUAAUCUCCUCACUAAAUUCAUUACUACAGUGGCUUCAAUGGUAGGAAUUAAGUAUGCUCGCCAGCUGUUUGAUGAAAGGUCUCAUAGAGAUGAUGCUUUUUUUUGCAAUAUGAUGAUGAAAGCUUAUGUGGGUCAUGGUCAUUUCGAUGACACUUUGAUUUUGUAUAGGGGUUUGAGGAGAGGGACUGUUUUUGUUCCUGAUAGUUUUACUUUCUUGAAUUUGGCGAAAGCGUGUAGUUCUGAGUUGUGGUUUUGGGAAGGGAUGGAGAUACAUAAUCAUGUGGUAAAAAGUGGGUUUGGUUCUUAUUUGUUUGUGUCGACAUCCUUGAUUGAUAUGUAUGCGAAGUGUAUGAAUAUGAGUUGUGCUAGAAAAUUGUUUGAUGAAAUGGUUGAAAAAAGUGAAGUUUCUUGGACUGCUCUUAUUGGGGGAUAUGCAAGAUCUGGGGAUGUGGAUAGUGUAAAGGAUUUAUUUAAUCAAAUGCCUGAGAAGGAUACGGCUGCAUAUAAUAUGAUGAUUGAUGUUUUUGUGAAGUUGGGAGAUGUAGACUCUGCUCGGAGUUUGUUCGAUCAGAUGCCAGAAAGGAGUGUGGUGUCGUGGACUAGUAUGAUUGAUGGGUAUUGUAAUGUUGGGGAUGUGGUAUCCGCUAAGUUGUUGUUUGAUGAGAUUCCAGAAAAAAAUUUAUACUCGUGGAAUGCCAUGAUUGGAGGAUACUGCCGAAAUAAAGAAUCACAUGAAGCAUUACAACUAUUUCGUGAACUGCAAGCAGAAACCUUGCUUGAACCAGAUAAUGUUACAAUAGUUAGUGUUCUUCCUGCUGUUGCUGAUUUAGGUGCUCUUGAUCUGGGUUGUUGGAUUCACAACUAUGUCCGAAAGAAGGAGCUUGAUAAAUAUGCAAAUGUCUGCACUGCACUAGUUGAUAUGUAUGCUAAAUGUGGCGAAAUUACAAAAGCAAGAACAGCUUUUGACAAAAUGUCAAACAAAGAAGUAGUUAGUUGGAAUGCUCUAAUAAAUGGGCUGGCAGUCAAUGGCCGUGCUGAGGAAGCAUUAGAAGCAUUUUCGGAAAUGAAACAAAAGGGAUUUAAACCAAACGAUGUCACCAUGAUCGGUGUAUUGUCCGCUUGUAGUCAUGGAGGUCUAGUGGAGGAAGGUAUGAGGUGGUUCAGAGAAAUGCAGGAACUAAAAGUAACCCCAAAAAUUGAGCAUUAUGGAUGCAUGAUAGAUCUUUUCGGCAGAUCUAGGUGUUUGGAGGAAGCUGAAAAGUUAAUAAAAGCUAUGCCCUAUGAAAUAAAUGAAAUAAUACUGAGUACCUUUCUGUCUGCAUGCAAUGAUCGUAAAGAUGUUGCAAGGGCUGAGAGAAUAUUAAAGAAGAUGGCUGCAGGGAAAGCCUGGAGUGAUGGGAACUAUAUCAUGUUAAGGAACCUUUAUGCCCUCGAGAGAAGAUGGGGAGAUGUGAGGGAAAUUAAAGGGGUGAUGAGAAGGAAAGGAACAAAGAAAGAGGUUGGUUGUAGUUCCAUUGAGGUUGAUAGCAGGGUAUGCGAAUUUGUUUCCGGAGAUACUGUGCACCCACACUGGUGUUUAAUUCAUUCCAUCUCAAAGAAGUUACAUAUGAACAUGAGGAGCAAAUAUAUUAAUUGAGAUAUUGAAAGAAGUCUUCUUUAAACCUAAGGUUGCCUUAUUAUAGUUUCUUGACAUAUCUACAAAUGUAAGUAUUUAAUUUAAAGGCCAAAAGAAUUAUUGUAACGCGGGACUGCUUUUCAAGGUAUUCGGGGAGAAGAAGUAAGUUACAUGAAGUUUGAAAUAUUCUUAAAGGGAGUCUGUGGCUGCAGAAGGGCAGUGGGGACUGGGGAGUCCUGUCCAUAAAUAUUUGUCCUGCCUCUAAAGAACUCAUGGUUGGAGUAAGAAAAAGAACUUGCUAACCAACAAAAGGAAUGUAACUUUGGUCAGGAAACCAUAAGUUGGUUUUAGGAAAAGACUGAAUAAUGUGAGGUUGCUAAUUGUUUGAGUUGCAUCGGUUCAGGUGCAGAAUUCAAACACAGAUAUGGGUUUACAUGUCUCAAUAUAUUGCACUACUUGGAUACCAAUCCAAAUUGGACAGUGCAGCGACUGGAUAUGGAAGUCUGAUGUGUUAAAAGAGCAUUCCCAGUAUGGAUGUUACAGCUAAUUCGAAGACUCCGGGUAUAGUUGGAUUGUGAAGGAAAAAAAUUCUUAAAUUAUAUUGUAUACGAUGCUGAGUGGGCUUUUGCAGCCAGUGCUUAGU